AUGUCCAGCACAAAUGGCCAGCAGGACUCUCUCAACGGCCACUCCGGCUUCAUCCUGGCCGUCUUCUGCCUGGUCUCGAUCUUGGUCAUCUGGCCAGUCAGGAUUGCGCUGCCGGUGUUCCUCCAACGGCUUCUACUCUCAACCCUUUUAAAGACCAGGGUCAUCGCCCUCAGUGACUUCAAAACCUUAUCCAGUCGCCGACUCCAUAUCCACUUGUCUCUCACGACAGCCCCCGUCAUCGCCGUGGUUCUACUCCUCGCGACGACAACUAUACAUGGCUCCACCAUUCGCCUGGGUAUCGUUGGAGAUGACACAGUCAAACCCUAUGACGUUCUGGUUCUCUUCAUCUCGCUCGCCUACAUCUCCAUUGCCCUGGACGGUACUGGCGCCCUCGAGGCUACCGCAUUCUAUGUCUCCAAACGUGGCGGCAGCUCCGGCCGCUUGCUCUUCACGUAUCUGUACGCCUUCUUUCUCCUCACGGCAUGUAUAGUGGGUAACGAUCCGCUCAUCCUCUCUGGCACACCGUUCCUGGCAUACCUGAGCCAGCAUACCGAUCUCGAUCCGACGGCUUGGGUAUUUGCGGAAUUCAUGGCUGCGAACACCGCCUCCGCUGUGCUGGUGAGCAGUAAUCCGACCAACAUUCUCAUCACAGGCAGCUUUGGGCUCAACUACUUGACCGACUUUACCAAGUGGACGGUUCUUCCCUCUCUGAUCCCUGCAGCGUUGAAUUAUCCGAUUCUCCUCGGCAUGUUCUGGAAGAAGAUCCCCAAGACGCUGACUCCAUUGACGGACGACCCGUGGAGCAAACUUCGGGACCGUACAGGCGCUUUUUUCCUUAGCGCGUUGAUGCUGGUCACGGUGUCUGUGCUUGUCGGUACGAGCUUCGUGCCGGGUCAUGCGGUGGAGGUCUGGAUGGUGACCGCGCCAGCUGGCGUUUCGGCAUUCCUGUUCAAUGUGGUGAAUGACUGGUUCCAUCCGGAGAUUGGUCGAGAAAUUGUUCGGCAGCAGUCACGAGAUUCCGCUGCAGAGAUGUCCGAGAUAGAACAAAAGCGGUCGAGACCAAUGCAAGUCCAUAUCCCACGGGGCAACCAACUACGGGACCCUUCGGAGCUAGAGGACGGACGGAUCCCGUCACCCAAGUCCUCCGAGUCCACAUCUCCUUCACCACCGAUUUCGGCAAAGGACGAGGAAAACACCAACACCCAGCACGAUGCCCAGCCGGCGCCGGCCGAUUCUGAGCCUCGAGCUCUUUCUCUUCCACUUCCUGCAAAGGGUCAACCCGACACGGAACCCGUGCCCGCCUCGGAGCCCAACAAGGCGGAUCACACAUCAUUUGCCUCUCUCCUCCGCGCUCUCUCAUCACGCUUCCCCUCGACGGCACAUACCGUCUCGCUUCUCCCCAUCCCGCUCCUCCCAUUCGCCAUGGCCGAAUUCAUCCUCGUCCGCGGCCUCUCCCAGCGCGGCUGGAUCCGCGUCUUCGCGAUCGGCUUCGCCCGCGCAUGCACAUCCCCCGCCGCGACGGUGUUUUUCUUCGGCUUCGUCAGCGCCGCGUUCCUGUGUCCGCUGGCCGGGACGAACAUCGGGGCGACCAUCAUCCUCGUGGAGAUUCUCCGAGAUCCGCAGUUUAUGCGCUCCGACAACGUGCAACGCGACCCCAGGGUCUUGCCCGCUGCAAUCUACAGCGUGGCCAUGGGGAGCAACAUCGGGGCAUUCAGCUACACGUUCGCCGGGUCCCUCGCGGGACUGCUUUGGCGGGGUCUACUCGCCAACAAGGGCGUAAGGGUCAGUCAGUGGAAGUUCGCCCGGGUGAACAUGGUGCCGCUUUUGAUGCAGAUUGUGGUGUCCAGCGCCAUUGUGCUAGGCGAGGUAUACUGGUUUUCAUGA